GGUCCGCGGGAGGCUUGGAGCGCGCCAGCCGGACACUCCUCGCGGCUCCUCCCCGGCAGCGGCGGCGGCGGCGGCGGCUCGGAGCGGGCUCCGGGACUCGGGCGCAGAGGCCAGCGGGCGCCGGGCGGCGAGGAUUACCCGGGAAGUGGUUGUCUCCUGGCUGGAGCCGAGAAGAGGGGCGCUCGGGGCGCAGGGCCAGAGCGCGGGGCCAGCGGCAGCGGAGCGCGAGAGGACGGGCUCGGACGGCUGGGUCGCUGGCCGCGGGGAGCGCGGGCACCGGGCGAGCAGGCCGCGUCGCGCUCACCAUGGUCAGCUGCUGGGACACCGGGGUCCUGCUGUGCGCGCUGCUCGGCUGUCUGCUUUUCACAGGAUCUAGUUCAGGUUCAAAAUUAAAAGGUCCUGAACUGAGUUUAAAGGGCACCCAGCACGUCAUGCAAGCAGGCCAGACACUCUAUCUCAAAUGCAGGGGGGAAGCAGCCCAUUCAUGGUCUUUGCCUGAAACGGUGAGUAAGGAAAGCAAAAGGCUGAGCAUAACUAAAUCUGCCUGUGGAAGGAACAGCAAACAAUUCUGCAGCACUCUGACCUUGACCAUGGCUCAGGCAAACCACACUGGCUUCUACAGCUGCAAAUAUCUGGCUAGACCUACUUCAAAGAAGAAGAAAACAGAAUCUACAAUCUAUAUAUUUAUUAAUGAUACAGGUAGGCCUUUUGUAGAGAUGCACAGUGAAAUGCCUGAAACCAUAUAUAUGACUGAAGGAAGGCUGCUCGUCAUCCCCUGCCGGGUUACGUCACCUAACAUCACUGUUGCUUUAAAAAAGUUUCCAUUUGACACUCUGAUCCCUGAUGGAAAAAGAAUAACUUGGGACAGCAGAAAGGGCUUUAUAAUUUCAAAUGCAACGUACAAAGAAAUAGGGCUUCUCACCUGUGAAACAACAGUCAACGGACAUUUGUACAAGACAAACUAUCUCACAUACCGACAGACCAAUACAAUCAUAGAUGUCCAAAUCAGCACGCCGAGCCCAGUCAAAUUACUUAGAGGUCAUACUCUCGCCCUCAACUGUACUGCUACCACCCCCUUGAACACCAGAGUACAAAUGACCUGGAGUUACCCUGGUAAAAUAAAUAAGAGAGCUUCUAUAAGACGACGAAUUGACCAAAGUAAUUCUGAUGCCAAUGUGUUCUACAGUGUUCUUACUAUUGACAACGUGCAGGGCAAAGACAAAGGACUUUACACUUGUCAUGUGAAAAGUGGACCGUCAUUCAGAUCUGUUAACACCUCAGUGCGUAUAUAUGAAAAAGCAUUCAUCACCGUGCAACACCGAAAACAGCAGGUGCUUGAAACUGUAGCUGGCAAGCGGUCUUACCGGCUCUCCAUGAAAGUGAAGGCAUUUCCCUCGCCAGAAGUUGUAUGGUUAAAAGAUGGGUUACCUGCAACUGAAAAAUCUGCUCGCUACUUGGUUCAUGGCUAUUCGUUGAUUAUCAAGGACGUAACUGCAGAGGAUGCGGGGGAUUAUACAAUCUCGCUGGGCAUAAAACAGUCAAACGUGUUUAAAAACCUCACUGCCACUCUAAUUGUAAAUGUGAAACCCCAGAUUUACGAAAAGGCUCUGUCAUCAUUUCCAGACCCAACUCUCUACCCGCUGGGCAGCAGACAAAUCCUGACUUGUACCGUUUAUGGUAUCCCUCAACCUACAAUCAAGUGGUUCUGGCACCCCUGUAACCAUAAUCAUUCCAAAGCAAGGUAUGACUUUUGUUCCAAUAAUGAAGAGCCCUUUAUCCUGGGUCCUGACAGCAAUAUAGGAAACAGAAUUGAGAGCAUCACUCAGCGCAUGGCAAUAAUAGAAGGAAAGAAUAAGACGGCCAGUACCUUGGUUGUGGCUGACUCUAGACUUUCUGGAAUCUACAGUUGCAUGGCUUCCAAUAAAGUAGGGACUGUGGAACGAAACAUAAGCUUUUAUAUCACAGACGUGCCAAAUGGAUUUCAUGUUAACUUGGAAAAAAUGCCUACAGAAGGAGAGGACCUGAGACUGUCUUGCACAGUUAACAAGUUCUUAUACAGAGACAUCACUUGGAUUUUACUACGAACGGUUAAUAACAGAACAAUGCACCACAGUAUUAGCAAGCAAAAAAUGGCCGUCACCAAAGAGUACUCCAUUACUCUUAAUGUCAUCAUCAAGAAUGUUUCUCUGGAAGACUCAGGCACCUAUGCCUGCAGAGCCAGGAAUGUAUACACAGGGGAAGAAAUCCUUCAGAAGAAAGAAGUGACAAUUAGAGAUCAGGAAGCACCAUACCUCCUGCGCAACCUCAGUGACCACACAGUGGCCGUCAGCAGCUCCACCACUCUAGACUGUCAUGCUAACGGCGUCCCAGAGCCUCAGAUAACUUGGUUUAAAAACAACCACAAAAUACAACAAGAACCCGGAAUUAUUUUAGGACCAGGAAGCAGCACGCUAUUUAUUGAAAGAGUCACAGAAGAGGAUGAAGGCGUCUAUCACUGCAAAGCCACCAACCAGAAGGGCUCUGUGGAAAGUUCAGCAUACCUCACUGUUCAAGGAACCUCGGACAAGUCCAACCUGGAGCUGAUCACUCUGACGUGCACCUGUGUGGCUGCAACUCUCUUCUGGCUCCUGUUAACUCUCUUUAUCCGAAAAAUGAAAAGGUCUUCUUCUGAAAUAAAGACUGACUACCUAUCGAUUAUAAUGGACCCAGAUGAAGUUCCCCUGGAUGAGCAGUGUGAGCGGCUCCCUUAUGAUGCCAGCAAGUGGGAGUUUGCCCGGGAGAGACUUAAACUGGGCAAAUCACUUGGAAGAGGGGCUUUUGGAAAAGUGGUUCAAGCAUCUGCAUUUGGCAUUAAGAAGUCACCCACAUGCCGGACUGUGGCUGUGAAAAUGCUGAAAGAGGGGGCCACGGCCAGCGAGUACAAAGCUCUGAUGACCGAGCUCAAGAUCUUGACCCACAUCGGCCACCAUCUGAACGUGGUUAACCUGCUGGGAGCCUGCACCAAGCAAGGAGGGCCUCUGAUGGUGAUAGUUGAAUACUGCAAAUAUGGAAAUUUAUCCAACUACCUGAAGAGCAAACGUGAUUUAUUCUUUCUGAACAAGGAUGCAGCAUUGCACGUGGAACCAAAGAAAGAAAAAAUGGAGCCAGGCCUGGAGCAAGGCAAGAAACCGAGACUAGAUAGCGUCACCAGCAGUGAGAGCUUCGCGAGCUCUGGGUUCCAGGAAGAUAAAAGUCUGAGUGAUGUUGAGGAAGAGGAGGAUUCCGACGGUUUCUACAAGGAGCCCAUCACCAUGGAAGAUCUGAUUUCUUACAGUUUUCAAGUGGCCAGAGGCAUGGAGUUUUUGUCUUCCAGAAAGUGCAUUCAUCGGGACCUGGCAGCGCGAAACAUUCUUUUAUCUGAGAACAAUGUGGUGAAGAUUUGUGAUUUUGGCCUCGCCCGGGAUAUUUAUAAGAACCCUGAUUAUGUGAGAAAAGGAGAUACUCGACUUCCUCUGAAAUGGAUGGCUCCUGAAUCUAUCUUUGACAAAAUCUACAGCACCAAGAGCGACGUGUGGUCUUAUGGAGUACUGCUGUGGGAAAUCUUCUCCUUAGGUGGGUCUCCGUACCCGGGGGUGCAAAUGGACGAGGACUUCUGCAGCCGCCUGAAGGACGGCAUGAGGAUGAGGGCCCCGGAGUGCGCCACUCCUGAAAUCUAUCAGAUCAUGCUGGACUGCUGGCACAAAGACCCAAAAGAAAGGCCAAGAUUUGCAGAACUUGUGGAAAAGUUGGGCGAUUUGCUCCAAGCAAAUGUACAACAGGAUGGUAAAGACUACAUCCCACUCAAUGCCAUACUGACAGGAAAUAGUGGGUUUACCUACUCAACUCCUGCCUUCUCUGAGGACUUCUUCAAGGAAGGCAUUUCAGCUCCCAAGUAUAAUUCAGGAAGCUCUGAUGAUGUCAGAUACGUAAAUGCUUUCAAAUUCAUGAGCCUGGAAAGAAUCAAAACCUUCGAAGAAUUUUUACCAAAUGCCACCUCCAUGCUGGAUGAUUACCAGGGGGACAGCGGCACUCUGCUGGCCUCCCCAGUGCUGAAGCGCUUCACCUGGACCGAGAGCAAACCCAAGGCCUCACUGAGGAUCGACUUGAGAGUUACUAGUAAAAGCAAGGAGUCAGGGCUGUCCGACAUCACCAGGCCCAGUUUCUGCCACUCCAGCUGUGGGCACGUCAACAAAGGCAAGCGCAGAUUCACGUACGACAACUCGGAGCUGGAAAAGAAGAUUUCCUGCUGCUCUCCGCCCCCAGACUACAACUCGGUGGUCUUAUACUCCACCCCACCUGUCUAAAGUUCGACACAAAGCCUUAUUUCUAGAAGCACAUGUGUAUUUAUACCCCCAGAAAACUAGCUUUUGCCAGUAUUACACAUAUAUAAGUUUACACCUUUACCUUUUCACAGGAGCCAGCUGCUUUUUGUGAUUUUUUUAAUAGUGCCUUUUUUUGACUAACAAGAAUGUAACCCCAGUUAAGUAGAGAAAUAGUUCACAAGUGAACAACACUACUGCUAAAUCCUCAUAUUACUCACUGUGUUAGAGAAAUCCUUUCAAAGCCCAAUGACUUACCUGCUGCAACCCGAGACCUCAGGGCACGCAGGACUGCGACGCCUCAGGAGCUGCACUGACCAUGCCGGGCAACUGGACUCCACUGGGCAGCCCCAGAGCCCUAAGACCAGGGGCCAUCAGCCCUCCAGCUCUCGCAAUCACUAGCUGGCCAAAGCAGUGUCUCUGGAACCCUCUAGCAGGCAUAAGACAUGUAAGGAGGAAAAGGGAAGGAGGAGGGAGAAAAGAGAGAAUCUGAGACACAUCCUAUGGGCAGGGAGUAGGAGAGGGCUCUCAGCAAUGCCAUUUCAGUGGCUUCUCAAUGCUGACCUUCUGCAUUUGAGAGCCCAGCCAGGAGCAGACAGGACAGAGAUGAGGGGACAUUUUUUGGAUUCUGGGAAACAAGAAAAGGACAAACAUAAUUUUUGGAACUAAAGCAAAUUUUAAAACUUUACCUCUGGAACCGGUCCUAUGCCCAUUCCUCUUCAUGGCCCAUUUUGAUUUAAAGCUCUGAGGGUGGCGCUCAGCUCGGAGCCCAUACUGUUGGCUCUUCUGGCCAGAUACACUGGAACUUACCCAGAGUAGGGCAGCUCUGUGGCAUGACAGCCUUACACUUAAAAUGUCAGAUUCUAUUUCAAGUAUUAAUGUCUAGUCCAGACACUUAACUCAAUUUUUUGUAUUAUCCUAUUUUAUACGGUUGGUUAUAAAAGAAAGCUGAGGAGAAUGAAAAUGCAGUCUUGGAGAAGGUUUUCUCUUUACCAAAACUAGGAUGGAUGGAAUACAAAAUCAGUAAGGCAGAGUGAAAACCCCAGCUUUGUAACAUCCAAACCAACUCACCGAAAUAGCUGGGACCUAAAGCAUGGAAGUCAAUCACGUUUCCUUUUUAUUUAAUGGGGAGUCCAUUAUCUCGUGCUAAUCUGGAAGAUGUGGAAGAAGAGCAUUAACCAAUGUUUAUUAAGCACUUUAUGCUCCUUGAGAGAAAAGGUGAUAUGUAAUUUAUGCAAGAUAGUUGAACAGUUCAGCUGGGACUCAGGACAUUAGUUAAUGAGCCAUCAGUAGAAGAAAAGCCUAUUUUCAUCUGCUUUGGACCUUGCCUUGGGUCUGAGUAUGAGGGAGUAGGGAGACAGGGUAGGAAAGGUGCCUGCUCGUCAGGGCCUAACUAUCAGCGGCCCCUGGAUCUCUAAACUGGCUGUUUGAUGCUAUUUAUGCAAGUUUGGUCUAUGUAUUUAGGAUGUGCGCACCUUCUGCAGCCAGUCAGAAGCUGGGCAGGCAACAGUGGCUUGCUGCUUCUGGGAGAGAAGAGUGUGCUUCCUUUGAUGCAUGUAACUUAAUCUAGAAUCUGAACUCUAAGUAACAGAAGAAUGUAUGCUUCCUUUCUAUGUGCCACAUUUUUGUUUAAAGAUUCUCACAUGAAGAGAUGGGAAAGUCAGCGCAUUCCUGAGUGAGACAGUGGGUGCCCCGUGGUGGCUCUUUCGGAAGACUCACCAGCCAGGAGAGAGGAGUGAGUCAGGGCUCUCCACUAAGAAUUAAAUUCAAACAAAAUCAGGCUGGAGCCAGAAGAGGGGAAAAAAUCUUUGUUCUUCCUCUUCUUUACAUUAACAAAAAUGCCUGUGACAGCUGGUGAUAGUAUAAAUCAGGUAACUAGAAGCAGGUUAAAACAUAGAGAAAAUAAAAGAAGACCCCAAUAGUUCUCUACUUUUUUCAAAUCAGAUAAGGAUGUGGCAAUGAGUGAUAAUAAAGAAAACCUAAGCUAUUCAUAUGAUGUCUUGAUUUCAAUAACCUCUUAAUCAUUAAGAGACCUUAGUAAAUACCCUUGUUCCAAAAGAGAAAAAUCUGUUAGAAUUAUGUUGCUCAGCUUCUUCAAAGACCCAGGUUUAUAGCCUACGAGUCAUCAGUCAAAAAAGAUGAUUCCAUCUGGAGUCUACCGUAGAAAGGAAAAUGGAGGCUCAUAGUAAUGAGUAUAUCUAGCUGCAAAGUGCUUGUUCAUUAAAACAGCACUGAAAAUUAAAAUACUAAUUAACUGAUGGUAAUAUUAGAACCAUUUGCCAUUUAUGACAAAAAUGGCUGGCACUCACAACUGCAGAACAAGCACUUCCUUUCAGGGUUUGUGAGAGAAUGUGCAGCAGCCCGGGUCAAAUGGGACCGAAACCACCUGCAAGUCUGUGUCAAGUUAGUUCAAGAAAUGAUGCUUAGACGUUAGUUUCAGCCCGUGGGACACAUGCCUUGUUUCCCAGCCCGUAAGAAUGUCCGACAUCAAACAGAUACUUGCUAGCCCCAUUUAAAUUGAUUAAGGGAGGAGUGCAUCUUUGACCAGCAGUGGUAGUAACUAUAUGUGUGUGUGUGUGUGUGUGUGUGUGUGUGUGUGUUUUGUGCAGAACUAUUUAAGGAAACUGGAAUUUUAAAGUUACUUUUAUACAAACCAAGAAUAUAUGCUACAGAUAGAUAUAAGUGAGACAUCAUUUGGUCCUAUAUUUCUAGUCAUGAUGAAUGUAUUUUGUAUACUAUCUUCAUAUAAUAAAAUUAACUUCCAAAAA